AUGGAAGAGGUAAUCCGCGCAUGGGGCGCCGUGAGAACCGCCGCAGCAGGCGCCGCAGCUGCCGCUACAAGCGCGGUCAUCCGCGCUCCCACCACUGCUGCCGCUGCUCCUCCGCGGAUCCCGCCUUCCGCGGCGCCUUCGCUCUCCGCCAUGGCGCCGCCCGACGUGCCUCCCGCGCUGAUCGCGGUGAUUGAAAAGGCUCUGCAGGAGGUGGCGAGGGGUGCGAAGGGAGGAGAAGGGAGGGAUGGAGGGAUGGAGAGGCAGAGGGGGGGAAAAGGGGUGUUGCAGCUGCAGCGACUGGUGGCUGGGAUGUGCCGAUUGGAGGGGAUUCGCGCGGUGGGAGGGGGAGACUCAGAGGCGCAGAGUGCAGGCGGAAAGGACGAGGCGGAGACAAAGGAGAGUGAGGGAGUGGGGAAGGGAGCGGACGGAGGGAGUGAUGCAGGUGCAGUUGGGGCGGAGGAACGAGACGCAGCUGCUGCGGUGGUGGUGGAAACCAUUCUGGCAAUCAUGGGGUGCAGGUACGAGGGGGACGAGGUGCAGGAGGAGCAGGAGGAGGGCAGUGGCGAGAGCAGGGGCACGGAGCGGAGGAGGAAUGGCAAGGUGCCUGGGCCUGGGCCUGGGCCUGUCAUCAUGAUGUCUGCUGAGGCCGCUGUGCUGGCAGCCGCGCUGCUGCCGUGGCUGCCAUGCCAUGACUGCCGCCCGCCUGGGGUCAGCGCCAGUGGAACAGUGAGUGAUGGCGCAGCGAGGGAGGCAGCAGAGAGUAGAGAUGGCGUUGAGAGUGCUCAGACAGACGCACGCGCACCCGCUGACGCAGCGACAGGGGCAGGUGGAUCGGGGACAGGUGCAAGGUGGGCUGCAGGGGCAGUGGUGGCAAGUGGGAGGUCCCCUCGCACGCGCGUGGCACGUGUGCUGGCCACGGCCCUCUCCUCCUGCACGCGCAAUCGCGCCAUGUGCGCUGCUGCUCGCCUCACCUCCUCCCUCCUCGCCUCCCUCCGCAUCAUCCUCCUGGGCGGCGUGCGGGCCAAUGGCUCGCUGCCACCUGGCGCUGCCCUGCUGGAUGAAGCACCGUUGCCGGUGGAGCCGAUUGUGAGCAGCGCAAGGGAGGGUGCGGGUGAGGCUGGUGCAGCGCUGUAUGGGGCAGCUGAGGCUGCGUGGGAUGCUCGGCCUGUGCUGGCAGCGCUGCAGUCUCUGGCGUCCCACUCCGUGUCCGUGGGCGAGGUGCGGCAGUGGAUGGGGUCUGUUGUUGCUCUCACCGCCUCUCCUCCCGCUGCCAACACCCCACCUGCCUCCAUUGCAUCAACAGACGCAGGGGCAGCCGGGAUGGCAGGGGGAGGAGCAGGCGGAGGGAAGGGGGUAAGAGGCUGUUCAAGGGGAGAGGAGUGGGUGAGGCAAGAGAAGGCGGGGGCGCUGCUGGAUGCGCUGCAGGGGGCGAUGGAAGGGGAGGAGGUGAGGGCGCCUGCAUACACCUUCGAGCUGGACGGCGAGAGCUCAGGGCUGCUGGGGCCCGGCGACAGCAAGUGGCCGUUCGGCAACGGGUAUGCCUUUGCCACGUGGAUCUACGUGGAGUCCUUCUAUGAUACCGAGAGCUCCGCUGUUGGUGCCGCCGCCAUGGCUGCCGCUAUCGCUGCCGCCGCCACUGCCAAGGUCGGCCGCACCUCCGCGGUUUCCGCUGCUGCAGCUGCGAGCGCACUGGCAGGGGAAGGGCUGAUGCACAUGCCGCGGCUGUACAGUUUCCUGACAGCGGAGAGCGAGGGCGUGGAGGCGUACUUCCACCGCGAGUACCUCAUAGUGGAGUCCUCCACCCACCGCGGCUCCAAGAGCACCUUCCACUUCUCGCACGCCUUUGAGGCGCAGCGCUGGUACUUCAUCGGUCUCGAGCACGUGUUCAAGCCGUCGCUGCUGGGCAAGGCGGAGUGUCACAUGCGCCUCUACGUGGACGGCCGGCUGGUGGAGUCCCUCCCGCUCGACCUCCCGCGCAUCUCGCGCCCGCUCGGCUUCCUGUGCAUCGGCACCAACCCGCCCGCCGCCAUGGCGGGGCUGCAGCGGCGGCGCAAGCAGUGCCCGCUGUUCGCAGAGGUGGGGCCGGUGUACAUCUUCAAGGAGCCCAUCGGCGCCGAGAGGAUGAUGCGCCUCGCCGCGCGCGGUGGGGACCACCUGCCGUGCUUUGGCGCGGGGGCGGGUGUGCCGGCACUGCUGAGCAGCGAGCAGCUGAUGGUGGCAGCAGACGAUGCAUACAGCCUGGACUCCGAGCUCGCCCCCCGCCUGCACCUGCUCUACCACCCGCGCCUCCUGCUCGGCCGAUUCUGCCCGGACGCCUCCCCUGCCAGUGCUGCCGGUGUGCACAGGCGCCCGGCUGAAGUGCUGGGGCACGUGCAUGUGGCGGCCAGGCACCGUGUGCCGGAGGCCAUCUGGCAGGCGGGGCAGGGGGGACCGCUGGCGCUGCUCACUCUCGCCAUUCACGCCGUGCACCCGGACUCGUUCCUCCCGUUGCCGCUGUCUCUGUCUGCGGAUCCGCCUGCUGCCAUGGCUGCAGCGAGGCUGCUGCCGCGCGUGCUGGGGCUGGUGGGGCGGGCCAUGCGGCACGGCAUGAACAGGGAGGAGAUCAAGGGAGGGGCCCCCACCAUGCUCGCGCUCAUGCUCGCAUAUGGGCUCACUACGUGCGCCCAAAGGGGGGUGGCGGGUGGUGCUGGAGCGGGCGGUGGUGAGAGUGCGGACAAGGAGCAGAGUGAGCAGCGGGUUGCAGCGGUGUGUUCCCUGGAUGUGCAUGAGCCGCCGUACGAUAAGCAGCUGGCGGCGGCAGCUGCAGCACUCACCAUGGCCCCACGCUUCGGUGACCCGUUAAAGCCGCAUCUCUUCCUGCACCUGCUGCUGCACCUGCCUCUGUGGGCAUCGUGCCCCCUGCCCGUGCAGCAGCAGGUGCUCUCCUCCCUGGCCGCCGUGGCAGUGCGCGAGCAGCACACACUGAGAGCAGCAGGCGCGCUGCCGGUGCUGCUGGAUGGGUGCCGGCGCUGCUACUGGGUGCACCUCGAAGCCAUCUCCCUGCCCCUCGGCCCCGCCUCCUCUCGCUCUGCCACUCCUGCUUCCAUCAACAGCCCUGGGGCAGCAGAGGCACGUGGAGGAGCGGAGGUUGGAGGGGAGAGGAGAGAGCAGGAGGAGCGGGAGAUGGUGGCAGGGCAGCAUGCGCGGAUGGGCGAGGUGAACGCGCUGGUGGAUGCGGUCAUGGGCGUGCUGGAGCUGCUGCUGGCCACCAGCAAUGGCAGCGCCAUGGGGGCCGACAUGCGCACACUCGUUGCCUUCCUGCUCGACUGCCCUCACCCCAACCAGGUGGUGCGGGUGCUGCUGCUGGUGUACCGCCUCUUAUCGCACCCCAACGCCGCGCGAGCAGCCGGCUUCUCCGUGCAGUUCCUGGCAGCAGGCGGCGCCCACAUGCUGCUCGCGCUGCUGCUAAGGGAGAGCCAGUGGGGCGACGCCUGCCCCCUGCUCUUUCCCCCCGUGCCCGUGCCCGUGCCUUGUAAGGCCGAGGUGGGCCAUGUGAAGGAGGUGGUGGGGGAGGAGACGGCCGAUGGUGGGGUGACGGUUGGAGGAGUGAAGGGUAAGGCUGGAGGUGUGGCAGAGGAGGACGGCGCCCGCAGUGUGCAGGGCAGUGCAGGGAGCGCGGUCGAAGGUGGUGAUAGCAGUGGUGUGGACGGUGGGGAUUCCAGAGACAAGGAAGGUGCUCCAUCAGCCUCAGACGCAGCAGACAUGGCAGCAACCGCAUCAACUAAAGCACAAGCAGCAGAUGCAAGUGGGUGUGGGGGAAAAGGGCCGAGUGCAGACCUGAAGGUGCAAGUGCCAGCAGGCAGCAGCAACACCACCACUUCUCAGGCGCUUUCCCCCAAAGCACCCACCCCCAACCCCGCCACCCCCGCCGCCUCCACCCCGUCCUCGUGGCAAGCGUUGUUCGACCCCUUUGGCUCCCGAGCCCACCCCCCAGAGGCAGAAGCGAAAGCAGCGGAUGGGCAGAAAGCAGGUGCUGGCAGCAGCGGCGAGGAGGGGGUGACGGAGACACGAGCAGGGGGGACGGACGGGGAGGCAGCAGGGGAGGCGAAGGAGGAGAGGGAGGAGCGGAUCCCUGAGCCUCGAACGGGGCUGGACGUGGCUGGGGAGAUCAUGAGGAGGCUUGAGCAGCGAGGGCUCUUCCAAGCGUCUCCCAUGAGCAUUCUCGCCCCGGGCCCGGGACUGGGACCCGCUGGGACCACCGUCACAGUGGCGCCCUCUGUGCCCAUCCGACAGCCGUUGGCCAGCAGCAGAGCAGCAGGCGCCAAGGGCUCUCACGGGCUCUCAGGGGAUGUGAUGGUGGCAGCAGCCGCGCUCUCCCUCUCUGCCAGCGGCAGGCGCAGUGGGCGCCGCCUCGCCGCCUCCGCUUACGGCGAGCAGUCCUUGCUCGCACCGAAAUCACACGACUUCCCCCUCACGGACGGCCCAGAUGGAAUCUUCCUGGCAGUGGUGUCGAUCCUAGGGCUGUUAGCGGAGGGGGGGUAUAUUCGGCUGAGCAGCCCCGCUGUGCUGGGGCUGGUGCCGGGGGGGGCGGGCGCAGGGCUGGGGUUGGUGGUGGCGGAUAGAGGGGCGGGGGAGCGCAAUAACGUGGGUGCGUGGGCGGUGUACGGCAUGCAGAGGGCGCUGCAGCUGGCGCCUGAGAGGCUGCUGACGCCGGCGGUGUACCAUGCCAUCAUGACUGCCGUGCUGCGCUCCGAGGUGAGUGAGUCACAUGUGACGUGCCGUGCAACGUGGGUGGGUGGGUGGGUGGGUGGGUGGGUGGCAACUGUUCCCCCAAGAGGCUGCUCACGCCUGCUGUGUACCAUGUGCUCUUCCACUGCUGUGCUGCGAGCAGAGUGA